CUAUCCCUCUGUAUAUCGAUUCUGCUCGGUUGGUGCCCUCGCCUCCCUCCACGCAUUCACAAUACUGACAGCAGCCAUGGCGGCCGUCUCCACCCUCAACACCAGCCGCCCCAGCGACACACACCGGACAGCCCAACCCCACUCGCUCAGCAUCCUCACCUCCUCAGCAGCCCACCCUCCCACAGGACCUACCACCACAGCACAGCUACGCAUGGCAGCCGCAUCGCCCUCCAGCCCCUCGAGUGCAUGUAGCAGCGGCACUGUCUUCUCGCCGUCGGCUUGCCUCUCGAUGCAGGCAAAGAUCGGGCCGGACGGGUGCAUCUCAGUCCACUCUUUGAGCACCUCCUCUAACGAAGCGGGAGAAUUGAGAAGAGGUCCAUCGUCCAGCCGCUCGCAUUGCUCUGCCGCUUCAACCAUUGUCGCCUUCAUGCCUUUGAGAGCAUAGGCCGCUUCGUGCUCACCGUGCUGGGUCAAGAUGGGGUGGAGAUGCGUCACGCCGAGCUCUGUCGCCUUCUCCAGGAGAGUCUUCUGCCGGGCUUUGUUCCUGAUGGGAGCAAACAUAAGGCUGAGCACCGAUUUAUCCACAGCCGGUGACCGCAGCCGCCCCAUAACAGUCAGACAGACCUCUCCACGACGCGGCCCUUCACUGACGCGGGAGAGGUACUCGCCGUCUUUGGCGUUGAAUAUCCUGACAGCAUCGCCGCUCUUCCUGCGCAGGACGACCGUCACAUAAUGCCCAUGCGCCCUGUCGAGAGCCACACUAGCACCUUCCAUGAGCGGCUCGUCGUCGUGGUACAGACGCGGGGCCCUCCUCAGGACAUUGUCGCUCUCGUAGCAUCCGCAUCCACCAUCUUCGGCCGCAUAGCACGCCGGUUGCCGGGCGCCUGUGCGUUGAAGAAGGUGAGCCCCACAGCGCCGCGUUCUGGUCCAUGACGGCAAGGUGAAUGCAGCGACGGUGUGGGUCGGCCGCAAGGUCGAGCAAGCCGAUGGCGAUGAGAGAACGAGGAAGAGAAGGCCAGGCCGCAU